ACAGGCCAAGGGGAAGGUAAAAUUGGGGCUCUUCGGGGGUUCACAGAAGGCUACCCUCCCCACACAGGGUUAUCCCGCUCCAGACCGCCCUCUAGUGACCACCUCCUAGGCUCGGGGACCCAGGUGUGCUAUUCUCCCCUCCCUGCUCCCCCAAACCUUACCCGGGAAGCGGGAGAACCAGAUGAGGCAUUACGCAAGGCCUGGUGUUUACCUCCCGUGGGAGCCUCCUCCCUCCCUAUAAAGCCUGAUGUCGUGGAGAGAUUUGCCGAGACUAAGACUCUGGUUGAAGACAGAGGCAAUCCCAGGAGAGGGGCGGAAAGCGGCAAAAGUUAAUGCGGGAGUCGGAGAGAAGGGCAUCUACACAGCAAGCAGGGAGGAGGCUGGACGGAUGCCUGAGCCUUGUGAGAGGGGCUGGAGAGAAGAUAGUGGGGAGGCAGAGAAGGGGUACAGGAUAGAACGCGCAGAGCCCUGGAGUCGCCGCGAAGGGCACGGGAACUGCACAAGUUUUGGCAGGGCAGCCGCAGGCGCCCGGGAGGAGAAGAGCUGGCGGAGGGGAGGGAGAGGCCGGCGAAAGCCCCAGGCAGGAGCGGCCAUGGGUGGAGGCGAGGUGCGGGAGAACGGCCGCCGGGGCCUCUGGCUCCUCUCCACAUCCCAGUCUUACCACCCGUCUACCCCCGCGCCUCUCCUGGGCCCGGGCUCCUUGGCCACCAACCAACCCAUUACCUUGCCCGACCCCCGGGCAUAUGAAGUCCCAACACCUAAGUCAUCUAAAUCAGAGGAUGAUCUCCCUGAAGAUUAUCCAGUGGUCAAAAACAUGCUUCAUAGACUGACAGCAUUCCUGCUUUCUGGCUCUCAGAAUCUUCUCUUCCCUACAGCUGCUACAGUACUUCCUGACUUCUCCCAUUCAAACCACUCUGCCUGCAAUGGGGAACAAGCCCUCCCCAUCAGUAAUGGUAAAGUGACCAUGUUUCCUACAUAGAGGCUCUGCUGGUCAAAUACUUGACUCCCACUCUUGCCUCUCCUAGCUCCAAAGAAGGGCUCAGAGCCUUCCCCACAGAUCUAAGGACUGGGCUACCCUGCCUGUCCAGUGAGGUUCCUCCUAAAACAAGAGGCUUGACUCUGGUCUGCGCCCUGUGGCCCUCUGGGAAGCUUCGUACCCCUUUUGGGGGAUCUCGGGGUGGGGAGGGACAAGCUAGUUCCCCAACCUCCUAUGACUGCUUUCUAUGCUCACAGCCUUUUUUCCAUAAGAACCUUCUUGAAACUUCUCCCUGCACAUACUCACAGAAAGGAGCCAAUGGUGCUACUUCCCCUCUCUCCUCCUCAACCUGGGAAUACUUCAGACAUCUCCAAACUCAUCCUUGUGUAUAGUCUCACACCCUUCCCCAUAUGUAUAAAUGGGCCCAUAUUUAACACAUUUUGUGAUUUUGGGUUAUUUAUUUUGUGCAUCUGUGGCAAUAAAUGAGAUCUCAGCGGUGGUACGGA